UAGCAAUUGCGCCAGCGAUGACGGGGAUUUAGAGAUGUGUCGAGCGCACUGAUUGAUUAGCGAAAACUUUAUGGCUGGUUAAAAAGUGUCAUUAUUUACGGAGUUGCUUUCGCGCCUUCUCUUGCUUCUGAUUUUUACUGGGGCGGUUUCGCUGUGCUGCCCAACACCCUAUUAUGGCUUCCUACGACACGGACGUUACCCAUUAUUAUAAUAUCCCGUCACUUUACCCCGAAGAAUGGCCAGCAGAGCUGAAUGAAAGUGACGAUUCGGAUGGUGAAGAGCCUCUGUCCUCUGGCCCCGGCACCUCUGCCUCCCAACGGCGAAAAUCGAGAUAUGCUGCCCUCCAAAUAGGUGGAAGCGAACGCAGGAGCAUAGUGCCGGGAUCUCAGCGGACUGGAGAUGGAAGGGAUAACUUGGUCCAAAAGGACGAACCAGACCCUUUGGGAUCUUCCGAGAGUGUAGUUAGGAUGUUGAAACAACGCGGCAUCGCCGACGAUGACGCUCGCGUUCGAAACCGUUACCUGCUAUCGUCAACAACCUUCUCGCCUGCGCUCUUCCUUUCCCAGACUCACGCCUCCGAUUCUAUCCAAUCCCUUCUUGAAGGUCUAGAUUUUUUAUCUAAAUCUAUCGACAAGAAAUCUGCAUCUUUGAAGGUUUUAGUUGAAUCGAAUUUUGAGCGCUUCGUCCGAGCAAAGGCAACCAUCGACAACGUAUAUACGGAAAUGCGAAACCAAGGCACGCAACCAGAUGCCCUGCCUCAAGGAAGACUUUCUCACAUCAAAAGAUACAGCACGGGAGCCACAGCCGCUCCCGGAAGCUCUGAACGCCCAGUUCCACAGAAAAACUCCCUUACGAAAGAAAGUGAAUAUGGUGUUAAGGGCAUACGCGUGCCUUUAGUGGAAGCUUCCGGGAAAGCGGAAGAGGUGUGGGGCGCAGCACUUGGGGGUCGACAGCGAGAAGAGGGUUUGAAAGCCGUUAUUGAAGCUAUGGCAAAACACCGAGAGAUAUAUGAUAUCGGAUAUAAUCUCGCGCGAUCGAUCAAACAGCGCGAUUGCGAAGCAGUUGUUGACCAAUAUACACGUGCCAGAAGAUAUGCGAUAGAUGCAAAGCUCAUUGCUGACCGGGCUGCAACAACGCAGCGCCCUUUAACCGACGAACAAGUUCACCUAAUCCUUGCUACGGGAAGAAUGUGGAUGGACGUUGAAAAGCAAAUACAAAUUUUCAAGCGGGACUUGUGGCGACGUUUGAGCACUGUUCAGGCAAAUAUCCCUACGAUGAGCGUCGAUGGCCCCAUCGAAGAGCACAUGGAACUAAUUGCAACACUACUUGAACUCGGCGUUGACGAUAACCCGGUCUGGGUCUGGCUCCUCGGACGUUAUGAUUAUUUGAAAACCAAGAUUAUUGCGUUCUGUGAGCGGUCGAAAGUCGAAAUUGAAAUUCUUCGGCGACGUCUAGCCAACAGGGAGAAACCGACGCCACAAGCCGUUGCGCCGUAUAUUCACAUCUCUAACCGUGAUAGCGUAACAAAUGGCACAGACACCCUCGAUACUGAGCCCGUUAUCGAACUAUGGGAAUGUGUGCACACAUAUCUGAAAAAGCUACUAUCAGUUGACGGCGGCAUCCUUGGAGAGGUCAUCGAGUUUUGGGACACUACACAAUCUUUCAUCGAUGGCAGUAAACAAAAGCUCCUUCCAGCAGGAUUCGAGGGUGAAAGCCGAAAACACCAUCGACUGUCUUCGGGAGGAGUAAGUGAUCUGAAAGAUGGUGUGGUUGAACUUGUAAAUCUCAUCCGCGAAAACGCUGUAUCGAUAUUUGCCGAUCCGCCUAUCGAGGACGUGUCUCUGCUACUUUCACCUCUCCCGACAACUCCCAACACCCCCCUAACUGGCUUAACCCCCACCGACUCUCGUUUCAGGAUAGAUCCUAAGGACAUUCCCCCACCUUCGCCUAGAAGAGGAGAAGCAUGGGAGGAUUUCGCCUUCUGGCCUCCAUAUGCGAACUCUCUUAGUGGUGUCCACUAUCUCAGCCAAUUCUUAAUCUUAAUCGGAACAGCUGCUAGCCAGAUAGCUGCAAUGAGCCCAAUAUCAAGCAGUAGUAGUACCUACGAUAAACUAAAGCUUCUUGUCAGCGGCACACGAGAACGAUCGGUCCGUGCUAUAUGCGCAGCUUGGAAUAAAGAUGCCGAGAGCGUGAAAUAUCUGGAGGAUUGGACUAGAGACUUUGAACGUAAGGACAUGACUAAGAUGCCCGGACUUUUCGUAGCAUUCGAAAGCGCAGUUCUUUCCGGAAUGCAAAAGAUAUUGUAUAUAUCUGAGGCCAUGACGAAACCUGGGGUCGUCGAUGUUGUCACCCCCCCACCUGCGAAACUCCUUCAGAUGGUCCGGUCCCAGUUUGUAACUAGCGUGUAUAAGGCAUUAAGCGGGCUUGUUGAAAAUGCGGAGCAUCUAGUUACGACUGAAGGAGAAAAUGAAUGGAUUCUUGUCGGUCCCGUCGUUCGCAUUGGUGGAUUGGAUAUCUCGUCAUCGAUCCCCCCUUCAGGCGGCAUUGAUUCCAAAAAUAGGAACGUUCGCAUGCUCCUCACGCUCUCCAACCUCAAAGCUCUCCGCGCUGACUACGUCCCUCAAUUGGUGUCCAAUUUCGAAACUGCAUUCUCCGUUAAAUUAACCGAGGAGUCUAAAACAAUCCGCGAUGUCCUUGGUCAAAUUGACGCCCGCCUAUUCCAAUCGUACACCCGGCCGAUGACCGCAACGUUAAAUUCGACUAUCCUCGAUGGGAUCGCAGCUCCGGAUUGGGUUCCCCUAACGAGUCGACCCGAUCAAGUUCGCCCUUAUGUAUAUACAACAAUGUUAAACCUCGUCCUGGUGCAUACAGAAGUGACCACAACUCUCCCAACACCAACUCAAAGUCCACCAAGCACACCCGCAUCGUCCCUCACAAACGCAAUACUCUCCCACCUCCUAACACAGAUUUCCUCAUCGCUUUUGAACGCCUUCAUUCAGCGUCCUAAGUAUUCGCUCCCGGCUCUCAUGCAAGCAACCCUGGAUACGGAGUUCAUUGCACAAACACUCUCACAGUACGCGACAGAGGAGGCGUCAAAAAUACAGAGCCAGAUAUACUUGGAACUUGAUCGUCGAACAAAUAACGAGGCCAGGGCUAGGUUACAGGCUGAGCUGGGGGAGAUGCGAGGGGUUUUGAAGCGGUUGCGGGAAGCGACUCGCGGGGAGUUUGCAUGCUUUAGAAAGGUGAGGAGUGGUGGGACUAAAGGAUAGAGAAAUAUUUGCCAUUUUCCUGAUUGGAAAGUGUAUAGAAUUGCACAUGCUGUCCAUAUUAGGUGCCUCUCUUCAAUGUUGUGGCUUUGGAUAUCUAUUCCCCGUUUUCGCUAGCCUAUUUGUGCGUUUGAGCUUUUAUUAUUGAGUGCAGGACGCUCUUUUUGUCUUCAAUUGAAAUUUUAGCGAAGAACAUGUGAUUGAGAUUCGAUUUAUGAAGAGAGCACGUGUGUUGCAAAGUCACCCUCCCCCCAUAGCAGCGAAGCUGCAUUUUGUGCUUGAAGUGCCCGAAAAUGGAAGCUGAAUAUAUAAACGGUAAAUCGAUACAGCCAUAUAUUCCCCUUCACCCCGCAUGAAAUCUAUGAAAGUCACUCCCAUAUGUCGCCUCAGAAAAAGACCAAAUCAUCCUUAUCCCAGCCCAUACGUAACAGUACGUUUUUGACGGCAACUUCCAACGCUUCAGGCCCGCAAACAAGCACUAGGCUUUUAACACCCCUCUUCCUACCAACGGGAACAUACUCCAAGAGCAAAUCUUCCGAAAUCCGACCUUUGCGCCCUGUCCAGGUUGCCGACGGCUGGGUCAGAGUAUGCACUAUGCGACACCUGCCAUUCGAAUCCUGUGCCACAAAUUCAUCCAGCUCAGCGUGGCAGAGUAUAUCAGCUUCAGUCCGAUUGCCAUCCACGACCACACAUGAGGUGUGGUCCUCUGUGUCCUCCAUCACAGUGCGGAGUACUUGGAAGAUAGGGGUGAUACCGCUUCCAGCGCAAAUCAUAUGGAACGAUUGUACAUAACGCUUUUCCCCGUUUAGGAGCACCGCACCUUUCCCUAGGUACUCAAAUUUCCCGACGGGCCCUUUGAACUUUACCAUGGCUCCUAGUGGGAGUUUGUCCAUUGCCAUGGUCAUUUUACCACCGUUUGGGUAAUCAGGAGUGGGAGCAUACAAUUUUAUUAGGAUGUCUAUGGUGCCUACAGCAGUUUGUUUGGAGACGGGGGUGUAGGCUCUGAUUAUGGUCUCGUCGGUGGAUGGGUCGCUAAUUUUGAGCAUGACAUGCUUUCCGACGGGAAGACCGAGGCAUUGGGAAUCGUGAGUGAGCUUAAAGGUAAAGAGGCGGGAGUCUGGUGAUAUCACUGUUUUGCUGCUUAGGGAUGACGGUGCCCAGAGUUUCGAAUCCAGAAAUACUUCACGAGAGGGUGACAACGACUCGACGUCGAUAUCAUUCUGUAGGGCCUCUUGAGAUGAUAUGUCGAGGCUUCCGAUGUGAUAAUCCCUCAUCAUCCCCUUCGCGGUUUCGCUAUCUAUUUGAAAUUAGUCAGCGAAGGAAGCAGUUAUUUGGUCAACGUAGGAACCUCACGAAUAGCCAUGAACUCCCCCGUCACAUCAAGACCAGCGGCAGACAGAAUGCUCUGUGCCCCUCCUGGAUGUUCGUUCAAGAAGGCGGUACCAUCAUAAACCUCGCCCUCAAGUGCAAACCAUGGCUCAGGCCCAGUUUUAUGACUUUUAAACCUCUCUAAACUUAUAGUAAUGUCCAGGUCAGGCUUCUUCAGGUUGAUUUUAGGGGCUUCCAUCGCUGCUAUGUUUUCACUGCCUUCUAAUACAGCUCCCCAAUUUCCAUUCGCCAAAUCCCCGCCAUUUUUCUUGACGCGCUCCAUCCAGCCACCAGGAAUCAGAGCGGGUUGAGUCGGGUGCUCAAACCUCAAGUAGCCAUCCGUUUUGGUGAUAGUAACACGGAACCAAGGGUUAUUCAUCAUACCAAGAACAGACCAGUACAUAUCGCGAGGCUGGAUAUUCAAUGCCUCAUCCAUUGCACGUACCAGAAUCGCGUCACUAUUUUUCAGUUCGGUUGUCGAUAUAGUUAGGGCCCAAAAACACCAACAAAAGCAGGUUUCCUGCCAUGACAUGUCGAUUUUGCCGCCGUACAAGUACUGGUCAACUUCACGAUACUUGUCCUCGGGGUAUUCUAUAUUUGCCAGCCUCCAAGCUAGGGAGGCAAUGCAAUGUUAGAACGGAUACAUCAGGAUCUGGGGAGACUACAUACUCUUCCCCUUAUCUAGGGAUAUUUCGACUCUUGUAAUCCUGCGGCCACCUCCACCAUAGGCGUAGCCCUUGACGUUAUACAUGGAAGAGCUGGAUACUACAAUUGUCUCGUCGUGUUCAGGAUACACGACAGCGGAGUUGACGUUAAGAUCAUAUAUUGCGUACCGCUCAUCGUGCCACCAUUUUGGCUCGUUCGUGGAUAUUUCCGGAGAUAUCAUGGUACUAUAUUUCAAAUUUUAACUGGGGAAAUAUAAAGUUGAGAUGCUGUAGGGAAAACUCACGGCAAAACUCGAUUAUCGUAUAGAUGAUACCAAUUGUCACUUGGGAUAUCGGAUAUGAUUAGCUUCGUCAACCAUUUAACACUCCGUCCACCAAUUUGACCUGGAACAAUAGCUCGGAGUGGCCGACCAUGGUCUGGCCGAAGUGGCUCGCCGUUCAUUUUAUGUGCCAGCAUUAUUCGCUUGUUAGGGUCCAUCACCCAAUUUAAUUUGACAGAUGUACCGUAGAAUCCGUUGGGCUAUGGGAGCAUCGUCAAUGUCUGCUAAAGAAGCGCGGCAUAAAGGGGGCCAUUACCAGUUUAUCUACUCCCUCCAUACACACAUAUCUUGCACUUUGAAGCAGCUUCGCCUUUAGUAAGAUGGAAGACAUCAAUGGGCCUGUAAACAGGGCUGUCGAUACUCCAGCAGCCCCCCACGAAAAGCCUUUUGAUUUUCUCACCUGGUUCUGUUCCUUGCGUCUGUUUCCGGCACAUACCAGAGUAAUGGGUGCCGUGAUUUGUUCAAAUUCGGUCAAAAUUUGAGUGAAAUUCAAUACUAUUGGGCUUUCUACUAGGCUAUGUGUAUCUAGUUAGUAGGGGUUGUUAGUGUACUCGUUCAGUACGAUCAAAUUGGACUUCACCCUUCGAUGCUGAGUUUCCAAUCGGGAAUGUCCUCCUGAUGAACCUCAGGAACAUAUCCAUGAUUUCUCACGUAAAAGAGUUCUGGAGAAGUAAGAAACCCUAUGCUCUCAUUAAUGAAUGAAGUUUGGAACAGACAG